UGUUGCAGCUUUGUAGCAGCUUAUUAACGUUAUUGCUUUUACUAAGCAUAAAAAUGAUGUGGUGGUGCGCUUGAUGUAGAACUUGCUAGGCAACCUCAGAAAUCCCACCUUACUUUCCUCCGCUCAUGUUUAAUCAAGGAAUUAUUUUGCAAAAGGCUGAAGUGUUCUGCCGUGACACCUUGUAUGUGGAUAAGCAUGUAAAUCCACGCAUGCUUUGCUUUGACUCUUGCACAUUUCCGUUUUAGUUUCCCUCAUGAAAAUUCCAAGAGAUAAGUACUUACAAACAGCAGAAGGAUCAGUGUGGGUUUGCACGGCUGCCAAACAUCUUACAAAAGUAUCUUGCUCCUCUGAAAGCUUUGGCAUUAUCUGCCACUUCGUUUGCUAGCAAAAUAGCUCUUUAUGGACUUGGAAGUGUUAAUGUGGCUCUUCAUAAGUGCUGUAUUUCCUCAGCAGAUGUGGAGUUAUGAGAUCUUUCCUUGACUUGUUUCAGUGGGGCAUAGUGGUCAUGUUUAGCUGUGCAGUGAUCUGACCUUUGUAUGCUUUUAAAUAUGUUUUGGCUCUUGUUGAAUUCUGGCAGAAGUGAAGGAGCUGGAGCUUAAGAAAACACUCUAUAAGGUAAAAAUAGACAUUCCACUGAGGAAGAUGCAUUGGAAAAUCAUCACCUUGUGGGAAAUUAUUGUAAGAGAUAUUAGUAAUUAAUGUGGUUUGUGCCAUUGACAGAGCACACUCGGUAGCGUGGAUCUGUGUUUUCCCUUUGUAGCAAUAUUGAGGGUGAGCAGAAGAAAUUCAGAGAUUUGUAGAGUUUGAAGACUAGUGGGUUGUUGGUUGUUUGUUUUUGCGGGGGUAUGGGAAGUUCUAAACUGUGGUAUUUAAGUCAUGGUGUAACUACAGUUCAUAACUGAACAGAAAUCAGUAGAAUGGAACCAUACAGUUAAAUACAAAUAUAACACUGAAUAUUUUGUUUCACUAGUGCAACUUAUUGUUCGUAUUUUGCCCAUCAAGCCCGCUGACUUCUUAAGGCAAGAUUAAGGAUUAUAAAUGUCUAGUUUUGCCGUGAUGACAUGACACAUAAAAAAAUACAGCCUUAGUGGUAUCUUGCAAGCAGGAACUGAGGUGAAGGGUGCAAGGAGGGAAAUCGUGUUGCUCAAUUUUAAUGGGAAGUAUCUGGAAUUAGGUGAUGUUUGGUUUCCUUCUUGCAAGAUUUUUUGUGUUACGACGCAAUGUGACAUGAGAAUUGAAGAGUUCUGCUGUCUGCAGCUGUUCAUUCUUUUCAUUUUAGCUCCAAGAGAACAUGAAUUUGGAGCAUACGUGGGUUUAACUCUGUUUAAUUCAGUAUUCAGAAGAUAACAUGCACUUUUGCAAAACCAAUUGUGUAGGAAUUGGAUUAACAGUUUCCUCAAUUAAAAGAAAGCUUUGUAAGUACGUGAAAAUCUUCAGCAAGGCACCACAUGUGCAAUCUAAUUUCUUGGCUGCUAAUAGCACUCUAUCAAUAAAACAAAACCUGUGUGGCCUGUGAUUUGUAAAAGAAAGCUGUUGAAAGAAAACUGCUGUUACCCAGGAGUCGCCUGACAUUGAGUGUUGCUCUUCGGAGCUCACGUUGAGAUGUGUCUAUAUUUGUGUCCAGCCAUCACGCAGCAAAUUAUUUUAGUAGCUGUCUGAGAACGAAAAUGUAAUCCUUACUAUUGAAAGGCUGUUGAAUCGAGAUCCAAAGCCAUAGUUACUUCAUUAAGAAGUAGUUCCAGGAUAAAUGGAAUAAUGAAUUCCUUGUUUAUUUAGGGCUUUAAAGGUACAAAAUGUUUGCCACAAACAGCAUUAGCAGAGUUGCUGUUGCUUCCGAAGCAAGAAUAUUUAGAUUUAGCAUGCUUUAUGAGGCUUUCUUACUUUGUCACGUUGCUACAACUGAUGAUAUUCAGGCUGUUAACGCCGCUUUCUGGAAACCAAAUUUUGAUUGCAAAGUCAAAAAUAAGACUUCUACUGUGUUGUUUUCCCUCCUCUCUCCUGCCACCCUUGGAACACUUUAGAAAACAUACACGUGUACACCUUGUUCUGUGCUUAUAUUCACUGUUUAUUUGCAAAUUUACUGUUUGAGUCUGCUGGACUGAACAGCCUUUUAGCCACUUCUGAAAAUAUGUCAUUCUUAUCUCGGAGGUUCAGCGUUUAUUUUAAGUUACCAGGGCUGGGCUUUGGUUUUGUUUUGUUUUUAAGACUUUCUGGAAAGGCGUGUCUCUUACCGUACGCUGUAUUUUUGGGCUGAUAGGGCGCAGAGCAGUGGAACUUAGUCGGAUAUGUCCAGUGGCCCCUUGUCACCAUUGAUAAGGACCAACUUCAGCAGGAAAUGCCCUUUUUCUUUUGGUCUGGUGAGCAAGAGCGAACAUUUCGAGGCAGCGCCAACAAACAGACUCUUAAAAGAGACGUGUGUAGUUGUUUUUGGCGAGAACAUUCACUUCCCUUAUUUACUGACCGUGCCGAGAUGUCGGAUGGUUUCUAGCAACAAACUGGGAAUGAAGGAUCACCCUCUGACGGGAAGUCAGGUCAAAGUGGAGCAAUUAUUUGAGGACUCUGGCAACAGAAGGAGUAGCAGUCUCCAGUCUGCAGGAGUUACUGAGAGAUCUCUUCCUUCCCUGGCAAAAGACAAGAGUACAGAGAGCAUAAGUACUUCGAAAGGUAGUUGUUCCUCAAAAGCCCAUAAAAGCGUUUCCCAAGCUCCAGAGCAAGCUGUCAAACAGUACAAACAUCAGUUAUCUGCUUAUGAACAGCAAGAGAUAUUUAAUUUUUCUGAAAUUUACUUUGUGGGUCCAGCUGCAAAAAAGAGACAAGGAGUAAUUGGUGGUCCCAACAAUGGAGGUUAUGAUGAUGACCAAGGCAGCUACAUUCACGUGCCCCAUGACCAUCUCGCGUACCGGUACGAAGUACUCAAAAUCAUCGGCAAGGGCAGUUUUGGACAAGUCGCUAAAGUCUAUGAUCACAAGCUCCACCAACACUUAGCCUUAAAGAUGGUUCGCAAUGAAAAGAGAUUCCAUCGCCAAGCAGCGGAAGAAAUCCGGAUUCUGGAGCAUCUGAAGAAGCAGGACAAAACGGGCAGUAUGAAUGUUAUCCACAUGCUGGAAAGCUUCACCUUUCGGAACCACAUCUGUAUGACCUUUGAACUCUUGAGUAUGAACCUGUAUGAGCUGAUUAAAAGAAAUAAGUUUCAGGGCUUCAGUAUCCAACUGGUACGCAAGUUUGCUCACUCUAUACUGCAGUGUUUGGACGCCCUUUAUAGAAACAAAAUCAUACACUGUGACUUGAAGCCAGAAAAUAUCCUCUUAAAACAGCAAGGGAGGAGUGGAAUCAAGGUUAUAGAUUUUGGGUCCAGCUGUUUUGAGCACCAAAGAGUCUACACGUAUAUUCAGUCUCGAUUUUAUCGGGCACCAGAGGUGAUUCUGGGCAGUCGCUAUGGGAUGCCCAUAGACAUGUGGAGUUUUGGCUGUAUUCUGGUGGAGCUAUUGACUGGAUACCCUCUUUUUCCUGGAGAGGACGAGGGAGACCAGCUAGCUUGUAUGAUGGAACUGCUUGGAAUGCCACCUCAGAAACUUUUGGAUCAAUCCAAGCGAGCCAAGAACUUCAUCAACUCCAAGGGUCAUCCUCGCUACUGCACCGUAACGACGCACACGGACGGCAGAGUGACCCUUAAUGGGAGCCGAUCGCGCCGCGGUAAAAUCCGAGGCGCUCCAGGGAACAAAGACUGGGUGACGGCGCUGAAAGGCUGCGACGAUCCCUUGUUUAUCGAGUUCUUAAAAGAAUGUCUCAGCUGGGAUCCUUCCGCCCGCCUGACUCCGAGUCAAGCCUUGAGACACCCUUGGAUUUGUAAACGAACGCCCAAACCACCCAGCACUGAUAAAACUUCCAAUAAACGGAUUUCUAGCUACACAAGUUCAUUCGCAGGAUUAGGUUCCAAGUUGCCUCCUGUAGUUGGGGUUGCGAACAAGCUGAGGGCUAAUUUGACCUCCGACUCCAACAGCGCGAUACCUCUCUGUACUGUGCUGCCCAAACUGGUCAGCUAGUGGAGAAUUAGCUAUUCCCAGAAUACACACCUUGUAUUUUAAUUGUUUGUUAAUAAUGUGUAAGGAAGUUACAUGCAGAGUUUUUUAAUGGAUUGACUUUUUAUUAGAGGCUAAAGCCUAAACAGCAAAAGUUCAGUCAAAAUGUCCACAUCUAAAGGGCUAACUUUGAUCCAGUUGUUUCACCGACGACGUGGUGCGUAUGACGUUACUGGGUAGGUCGGCUCAGCUGUCGAGGAAAAUGACACUUUGGCAGGCAUGCUAUUCAAUAAUGUUGUUUUAGAAAUCAAACUAUUUCUUAUCAGGACGGUUUAACACAUUCUUUUGCUGAAAACAGCAAGGGAAAUUGAUUUAAAAUACAUGUUUUCAGUUAAUAUCUCCAACUGAGCUCCUUUUAGUCUGGGGAGAGUUUUUACAUCUAUUGUCAAAAGCACAAAUGUGUUCAUCUAAUGCAUUAGGAACUUAAUUGCAAAUUGCGAACUUGUGCUUGAAGGAUUUGAUUCUCUGCGCUGCUUUUCUCUUACCUAUCCGGACUGGGGUUUUUAGAAAUACCACGGGAUGGGGGCACCAAAGGGAUUUGGUGUUGAAAUUUUAUCAUCUCUAUUUUUUUUUCCUAAAGGAGCAUGGAAAUGCCAUGAACAGGAUAUAUCUAAAUAAAACUCCUAACUCUCUACACUUGCUAUUUCCCUUAAAAGUCCAUAGCAAGCUGGUAGGUCAAGGGCAGGACCGGCCCAUCGCUAGCGUGAGCCAGUUUGUUCAGGGCUAAUGGAUUAAUGAGUUCAAAUGUACAUCAUCAGUUCUACCAGGUCUGUGUGCUGGUUUUCCUGUGUUGUUCCCAAAACUUAGAGCUUGAACUUAGAGCUGUUUUAUAUACACGCUUCACAUUCUGGUCAUUUAAAAAAUGUCUUUUUGUGUAGAGUGAGUUCCAUUGAAUUACACAGAGCUCUUUUCAUAAAAGCAAGCAUGCCACCCUCAUCAGACAAGCAAAAAUGUUUAAGGCCCAGGACUGUAACUAGGAAACGGGAGGGGUGGGAGGUCCCACCUGAGAAUUGGAAGCGUGCUCUGAAAUCCAGGCGUGAUCUGUGCAAUACCAGGAUAGACUGAUAAGGUGCAACAACUGGUGGACCCAAAUCAAAACACGGUAUGGGAAGAACUGCUUGCUUUCUAAUCGGAUGUCUUCAGAUCUUUGAGAGGGACAUGCCCACGUUUUCUCAUUCUUGAAAUAUGUGAGUUUGUAUUUCCUCUUCCUUUAUCUUCCAAGAACAUGAAAAGGUAUGUGACCCGUAACGACAACAGCACAAUUCCUCCGGGUUGUUUCUUCUUGCAGCCACAUGGCCCGAGUCCAUUUACAAAAAACAUCUGAUCUCUUGCCAGGUGCCUGAGCACCGUUUUAAAUACAAUUUAGAGCUUUUAUGAACGGAAGGUUUGAAAUGGAAUGAGUUUCUCUGUAGCAGCUAUUUAAUGUUAAAACAAGGAGACUCUCCAUAUGCAAACAAAGGAAUUAUCAGGGGGAUUUUUAAGAUAAGGUGAGUGCAUGUUCAGUGUGAGACUCUCCCUCUGAGACGAUGGGGCUGCGUUUCCUCCGUCUGUUUCAUUGCAGCACUGGUGAAAUUCUGGGUGGAGACCUGUGUAAAAAGCUGAAAAGACAGAGGCAAAGCUCCAAACUUUCCAAGACGGUUGUUGAAACCGACGUUCUCGUGUAUGUAGCUUUUUCCGGGUUCUUUUGUUUUACGAGUUUAAAUUCUAUUGUUUUACAAGUUUCAAUUCAAUAAGCUUUGUCAUAAUGUUAAAAUAAGACUCCAGCCUUUAGCUGUGCAGCUACAAGUAACACCAGCGCAUGUGGUAUGUUCGUGGUCCAAUUCAGAGCAAUGCACGGCUGGUAUGAGUGAAGUUCUGUUUGAAUAGAGCAUCAGAGAAGUGGCUUUUUGGGGGAAGUGGUAGAAGACACCAUCAAUUCUUUUAUUUAGUAGAAUCUCAGUGAGAUGUGACACAUUUUCAGAAGCCAGAAAUAUUCUUCUUCCUCCUCUGCCCCUCAUGUAUUUCUUUUUUACACAAUGUACCUGGCGAGUAAGGAGAAGGGAACUUGUAAGGAGCAAUAGCUUGUUAGGAAAGCUUGUUAGGGUGUGUGUCACACAAACAGGGCUUCUCAUAGCAACACAGAGCAGCCGCUUGGUUCUAAACCAUUUUCAUCUAUAAAACGCCAAAUGUAGAAUGAUCUUGCUCCUGGGAAUUGGUUACGAUGAGGUAACUUCUGGUGUAACGCCCUCGGGUUUACACACAGCAUCUCCCCUCAGGCUGGUGCUGGAAAACUGCAGAUAAAUAACGAGCUGGCGAGAACGGGGCUUUUUAUCAAGAAAAUGUGUUUGGCGUGACCUGAUUGCACAAGGUGCCCGUUAUGAGUUGCGGAUGUUUAAGACUGGCUCUUUGUUACUCGGGACUACUGUAUUUUAAAACCAAGUGCAUACUUAACCAACUUGCUACUUUGGGGCUCUUGUCUAUAAGGCCACAGUAGGUGAGAAGGAAAACGAAGCAGCCUCGGAAGGGUUUUAGUCUAUUGCAAAGCACUUUUUCCUAACCCAGGGAAUGCAGCUGAGGAUAUUUUGGUCUUGUUUCCAGUUAUUAAGCCCCAUUUUCUUUACAAGUUAUUUGCUUGCGGUGAAGAGCGUGAGCCGGUGUUCCCACGUUGGGAGAGACCUUCAGGUGAGCUAAGUAAUAUUGUAUCUGGGAGAAAGCUGAGGAAUCGUCCCUGUGAGCUCCUGGCUUGCUGAGUUCUCUAGGAAUUAUUAAUAAUAAUUAAUAAUUUGGAGGGUUGGACCACAGGCUGUGUCCGUGGGUGGUGUCAUUCAUGGGGGGUUGUCAUGGUCACGGUCACAGGGGCUUCUUGCACUGAGAUACAGUCAAAUCCCAAAUUCACACGUUUGUGGUUUUUUGGAAAACUAAACACUAGUGAGGUCUGAAAUCACCAUAUUUAAUUAAUAGUGAUACUGGUUAGAAUGUUAAAAUAGUCUAAACUCGUUUAAAUAGCUUGACAGAACAGCUUUUAUUUUGGUGGUUACUACUUGCUUGGCAAGUUUGUUAACAUGCCAGAACUAGUGGGGUUCCAAUGGAACUUCAAUCAUGUUCUUCUACCCUGUUUCCCCAAAAAUGACAGGGUCUUAUAUUAAUUUUGCCUCCCCAAACUUAUUACUUUUUUACAUGUGUAGCUGCCAGGACACUAUUUAAAUUGACUUUUUAAUAAACCAUAACUAGGGCUUCUUUUUGGAGUAGGGCUUAUAUUUCAAGCAUCCUCAAAAAUGCUAAAAAAAAUCAUGCUAGGGCUUAUUUUCGGGGUAGGGCUUAUUUUCAGGGAAACAGGGUAGGAAGUCAGCACAAAACAAAUCCAAAUUACUUGGCUUUACAACAAAACAGACAUUGCGUUUAUAAAAGUCACCCAAACUUGUUUUACCGUGUUCCUGAUAAUGUUCCCUCUGUUUUCCUCCAUGGUUAGUCUGUGUUGUAAAUAACACACUCUUGUCUGCAGUUAUAGCUGUUUGGUUUAGUGCUGUCUUUAGAUAACAAAUGGCAAAGCGUGAGCGUCACGUCUGACAGAUACACGUUGCUUUUACACAGGGGUCCAAACAUGAUCUGCCUGUCCAAGUUGCAGGGAGAAACUUCAUUUUAUUUGAACUCAGCGGGACAGGAAAAUAUUCUCCUUCCCCACAGACUGACCCCCACCCAGGCCGGGUUUAAUUAUCUUAUAAUCAACACUGAACCAGUGACCUGGUUGUGGGGAUAUUCUGGGUACAACAGAUACCACUUCACUGGGGUUUUUAGUCCUUUCCGUCCAGCUCGAGUAGGAACUCGAUGUGUCUGGUGAGCUAUAAGUUCAGAACAUGCUAACUGGAAAGCUUUAAGGUGACUUUCAGGGAAGAGGGGGGUGUGUUGCUCAACCUGAAGUUGUUUACAACCCUCGUGACCUGUUAGGACUUCCAUGCGGUUGAAAACAUUUUAAGCAGUGAUGUAUCAACGGAGGUUCUUUACAGUUCUCAUCCACUUUAAAACGAGCUCCGGAAUAAACCUGGGGUCCUUUUUAAAGGGAUAUUUGCUGCAAACUACAGCUCCUUUUAAAAUUUAUUGAUUGUUUCAUACUAAGAGCUGUUUUGGCUGUGAAACGUACACAUGAUGAUCUCAGCAACGCCUUCCUAAUCCCAGCCAAACAAGCGAAAGGCUGAUUCUGCACCCAGAGAUCCCUGCUGAAAUGAUGGAUGCAAAUCCCCCGCCUGCCAAAGUUUGAUGCUGUCGUGGAAGCCGAGAGCCAAAAUAAUACGGGAAGAGCCGCGGUACCCGGCUGAGGUUCAAACCAGGCUUGUCCUUAAUGCAAAAACCUGCAGCUGUUGCUGGUGUUGAGCUGUGGGCACCUGGCAGAUUUGAGAACUGGACAUCACGUCUUUAUAUCUAGUGUUUAUCCCAGAUACCACUUGAUGGCAUUGGGGUUGGAGGGUUGUUUUCUUGUGGUUUAGUUUGCUUAGUUUUGGGGUUUUGUUUUAAUUUGAUAAGGCUUUGGAAAAAAUGUAUCCGCCUCGUACUUCCCAUAAAGAAGCCCUUGUAUGUUCUUACCUCCACUGAUAUCUUCAAUUUAACUCUCGCUGUAGCGUGUAAAAUCCUUGGGUCGCCAGAGCAGUCUUGGGUAGGUGCAGUGACUUUAAUCCGAAUACAGACGGGUUAACUGGGUCAGUAAGUCUGCGGUGCUAAAAGAAUAACCCGUGUUCCCUAUACACAGCACUGUGCCUUAUGCUUUUACCAGCCUACAUCUGUCUCGGUGCAAUCAAAUGACUAUUCAGGGUUUCUUAUACAUUGCAGAUGUUCAUACUAAAUGUCGCUGUCUAAAGAAUAUACAGGUUUUAUUAUAAAUAUUAUGAUGAGGUGUAAUAUGGUGGAGGAUGUAGAAAACAUAUAAGGUGCAUGUGAAUAAAACUCUUUGGAAAUAAGUCGGUCUCAAACUAUGUAUCAGAAUGUAAUGAACUGAUAUUUCCUAAAGUUGUAUUUUGGUUCAUUUUUAAAAGAAAAUAAAGGCAUAAUUUUCUUUAGCAA